AUGGGAAGGGUAAAGCUAAAGAUAAAGAGGUUGGAGAAUACAAAUGGGCGUCAAGCAACUUAUGCUAAAAGGAAGCAUGGCAUCAUGAAAAAGGCUAAUGAAUUAUCUAUACUCUGUGACAUAGAUAUUGUUCUUCUCAUGUUUUCACCAACCGGAAAGCCUUCUUUAUGCAGUGGAAAACGCAGUAGCAUUGAAGAGGUUAUAGCAAAGUUUGCUCAACUAACUCCACAGGAAAGAGCCAAAAGGAAACUGGAAAGCCUCGAAGCACUGAAGAAAACAUUCAAGAAGUUGGAUCAUGACGUGAAUAUACAAGAGUUUUUGGGUACAAGUUCUCAAACAAUCGAGGAUCUGACUAACCAGUCUAGGUUAUUGCAAACCCAACUUUCCGAAAUAAAAAAGAGACUAAGCUGUUGGUCUAGCCCUGAUAAGAUCACCAGUGUAGAACAAUUGGGGCAAAUGGAAGAUUCAGUAAGAGAAUCGCUUAACCAGAUUCGGACACAUAAGGAAAACCUACAAAAGCAGCAGCUUAUGUCGUUAGAGUGCACUAGUCAGUUCCAAAAUGGGUUGCAUAUACCUUUCAGCAUGAGUGCUGAGCAACAGCUGCAGCCUUUGUCAUGGAUUCCGACUAAUGAAAGCCGGCAUAUGGUUUUACCGGAGGACCCAAACUUGCUUCCCCAUAGGGAUAUGGAAUGCUCUGCAAGUUCCUCCUUUGGGAGUUAUUCUGGUUACCUUGGUACAGGAAAAAGUUCAGAGAUUUCUACUUCUGGGCAAGAAAAUGGUAUUCUUAAUGACUUAAGUAGAACUGCACCGCUGAGGCUACAGCUGGGUGGGCAAUUUCCUUACCUGCCGUACAAUCUCAAUAUGCUGACUGACACGAAAUUCCAGCCACCAGCAGAAAUGAGUCCUCAAGAAAACCCUGUGGAGUAUCAUGUUAAUGGAAGCUUUGAAGCUCCUAGACCCGAGUUUUACCCUACUCAGCAUAGUUGGGCCUCUACAUCUGGUCCUUGUGCUGUUACCAUGUUUGACGAGCAUUUAUAUUCCCAGGAUAAGAGCGAGAGUGUCUACAAAAAUGAUAGCGUGUGUUGUUUUUCCUUUAGCUGA